GAAAUACUCGUGAUACCGCAAGAAUUUAGUGGGUUUGUGAAGCGGAUAUGAUCAACCGAGUCGUCACUUCUCUUCCGUAGAAUUCACGAUUCUUGUAGACUUGACGAUGGUAUAACCGCUUUCAGCGCUCUUGGUGAAUCAAUAUAGGAGUGGACGUGAUGUUUUCAGUGAACUUGGCGAAGCAUUAGACAAACAAAACACCAUGAGCGUUCCGCUUCGUGCCAACAUCUCUCGCGGAAAUCCCGAGAAGGUGUUCGAUUUGAUCGAAAAAGUUGGAGGUGGUACUUAUGGAGACGUUUUUAAGGCCCGAGUUAUCUCCACUGGGGAUCUGGCUGCAGUGAAAGUUGUAAAAGUCGAACCAGGUGAUGAUUUCGAACUUAUUCAGCAAGAAAUUGCCAUGAUGCAAAACUGUCAGCAUCCAAAUAUCAUUCAGUACAUAGGCAGCUAUCUCAGGAGAGACAAACUGUGGAUAGCAAUGGAGUUCUGUGGAGCAGGAUCUGCCCAGGACAUUUAUUGUGUUACUGGACCGUGUAGUGAACCUCAGAUUUCUUUCAUAAGUGUUGAAACUCUGAAGGGUCUUGCCUACCUCCAUGAGAAGAACUUAAUGCAUCGCGAUAUUAAGGGUGCAAACAUCCUGUUGACAGCGCAAGGCAAUAUCAAGUUAGCUGAUUUUGGUAUUGCUGCACGGAUAUCAGAGACCAUGACGAAAAGAAAGUCAUUUAUAGGAACUCCUUACUGGAUGGCACCAGAAAUGGCAGCUGUAGAGAGAUUGGGAGGAUAUGACUUAAAGUGUGACAUCUGGGCUGUUGGUAUAACAGCCAUUGAACUAGCCGAGCUCCAACCCCCCAUGUUUGACUUACAUCCUAUGAGGGCAUUGUAUUACAUUGGAAAAAGAAGUUUUGUACCUCCUACUUUAAAAGACAAAGAUAAGUGGUCCCCAGAACUUCAUAGUUUUCUAAAGACAGCGCUACAGAAAAAUCCAAAGAAGAGACCCACUGCAGAUAGAUUGUUAACACAUCCAUUUUGUGGCCAUGGUUACACCAGAGCAGUUAUACAGGACUUGUUAGACACGUACAAGAGGAAAAAAGGUGAUAAAGGUAAUAUCGCAGGACCAGACAACGAUGAUGAGGAUGAAGAGGCAGCGCCAGUUGAUGAGAAUGUCCAAGUUCUGACCAGAAUUAGAUCCAGGAAAAUACCUGAGAAAAAUCUAGAAAGAAGUAGUAUAUCAGGAUCUCAAGGAAAGUUAGAUGGAGUACAAGUGGACCCAAUCGUAACGAGAGAGACAAGACCACAGCAUCAGUCAGAGAAUGGAUCAUCAAGGGUACAAAACGGAGACAUGGGCAUGAAUGAAGGUGAAGACAGUGGAACAAUGAAAGUUCUGAAUGCUGAUCAGGGUGAUGAUGAUAAUGAUGAGCCACCACCCCUACCCCCUAAGUUAAACAGGAAUUCUCAUUACCAAGUGCCACAACCAAGUAUGAAACCAGUUCCACCUCCAAAGCCAGUACAUCUGAAGCUGUCAAGAGUAGCAAGUGCACAGGAGGUUGGCCAACGAUCACCUCAAUCAAAACCAAGAAAAUUCUCAGAGAUAGAAGUGCCUGGCAACCGAGUUCCUCCACCAAGUGUACCCCCACCGAAACUCCCAGUUGGAGCUAGAGUGUCAGACCCAGGAAGACUCUCUGCUGGCAAGAAAACUUCCAUUACAACGUGUUUUUCCAAGAUUUUUAAUGAAUGUCCACUUCAUAUCUAUUGCACUGGGCUCUGGGUAAAUCCUAGCACAGGAGAGAGACACAUCAUUGUCGGAGCAGAAGAAGGUGUUUAUUCUUUGAACUUCAGUGAACAAUUACAUGAGGCAGAAAUGGAACAGAUUUGUGCCAAGCGAUGUACGUGGCUGUCAGUUUUCCAAAACGUGAUGGUGUCACUUCAAGGAUCUCCCAGCUGUGUGUACAUGCACAGCUUAGAAACUCUCCAUGACAGGCAACAAGCUUUCUUUGCAACAGUCACAAGGAAUAACAGAAUUUCGGAAACAAGAGGUUGUUCAAAGUGCUGUAUUGUAAAUAACCCAUACAACAGUCAGGUAUACCUAUGUGUAGCAGUGCAGAAGAGUGUUUUUCUCUACCAGUGGUAUGAGCCUUGGGGUAGGUUCAUGAAAGUACAGUACUAUGAUGUGGAUAUUCCGUCUCCCCCGCCACUCUUUGAACCGCUAGUCAAACAAGACCUGGAAUACCCAAUGAUAUGUGUUGGAGUAAGAGGAUUGGCUGAUGGUAGCCUUCAUUUUGAAUGCGUUAAUUUGAAUUCCCUAUCAAAUUGGUUCACAGAACUACCUGAGGGAAGAAAAAUUGAGGUGGAUAGUGUGGAUCACUUGGAAAAAGAUACAGUUCUUGUUUCUUUCAACAAUAUGGUUAAGUUUGUCAAUCUCGAAGGCAAAACGAAACAGUUCAGAAGACAGUUAUCAGAAAUACAUUUUGACAUCAAGCCAGAAUCUGUUGUCUGUUUACAAGGUAGCGUCCUGGCGUUUCAUGAGCAUGGGUUACAAGGGAGAAGUCUUCACAGUGGAAAGAUUAAUGUUGAGAUGAACGAUCCCCGACGUACAUUUAGACUGCUUGGAUGCGAAAGCAUUGCAGUUGUUGAGAGUAAACCUGCCGACAACCCAAAUGCACCGUGCAAUCUUUAUAUACUUGCCAGCAACCGCAACCAACAGAAGUAGUCUUCCCCGGAGAAAAAUGCUCAUACUUGCGGUGCCUACCCCUGGGGGAGGCAAAUCCUCGUCGGAGCGCGGAGUUCGUGUUUUAAUUGCCCCAAUCUAGAUUUCACGUUAAACAAUUUUAAUUUAGUUUCGCCGAUAGUUAUGCUUUCUCGUGACGUAUGCAGAAACAUAAAACGUCGAGACAUUAUUUAAUUAUUAAUGAACCAAAGACUCUGAGAGGGUUUUAGACAAACCCUCAACGAAGAGAGUGAGAGUGAGAGUGGUUGAGGAAUUAUGAGUUGUCAUACCUACUGAAAAUCGCGUCCCACUGAAAAAUUUAAAAUUAGCUUAGGAAAAACACCGGAAAAAACAUGGAGAGCUUCUCAGACCCGGAAACACUUAGUGUUAAGACAGUUUACAAAACAAUGUGAAAAUAUGAAUUUCGAUUUUUAUAAUUUUUAAUUGUUUUUUCUUUUUGAGUGAAAGGAUUAUAUUUGGUAUCCUAAAAUAUUUUAGAUGAACUUAAACCUUUUAUAUCGUCUGUUAUUAUCUUAUAGGCCACAAAAGUCAAUAUUUUUAUGGUGAGACUUGAUUCCGUUCCAAAAUAUUGUGCAAAACUUGAAGGAAAACUACGAAUCUGAUCAGUAGUUUUGUAUCGAAGAAAGAAUAUUUAUCCUAAAAACUUAUCGUUGAGUACUUAUCACGCCAUUUUAGUUCGUUCUGUUACAAACAAUUUACAGUCGUGAGUAACUGUUGUUGAGUUCACUCAAAUAAGAAUUUUUAACAGUGUAGAGCGUUUUUCGAUUGAGUGCUAGAACGAGCGACCACAUUGCGAUUGGUUUUAGUUUUGAAUCUGAUUGGUUCAGACAAUAGCGCGUGUUUUCUGCACGAACACGGAGCGAAGUAGGGAAACAUAAAGCGCGGUAAAACGCGGGUGGCGAGAUCAUGAUUGGUUUUAGUCUGAAUCUGAUAUGGUUGAGAAGUAAGGCAACAAAGCGCGGGAAAACGCGGGUGGCUAACUUAUGAUUGGUUUUUAGUCAGAAUCUGAUUCGUUGAGAGGGUGGCGCGAGUUUUCUGGACCAAUCACCGAGCGAAGUAAAGCAAAACAACAGCAAUCCCAGAUUACUCUCGACACUCGAUUGAAAAUUGUUCUAAGGUGUUUUUAGAUGGACAGCUAUCAGGUUAAGAACGAUGUGAAGCUUCUCAACAAAUAAUUCAAACAAUCAUUUUAGUUAAGUAUACAAUUUCACGAAGGGGUACAACAGUUUUUUUUUUUUUUGCUAUUUUUCUAUUGAAUUUAUAAUUGUAAAGAAUACUUAAUUGAUAUUUUCAAUGAUGUUAUUUUUUCAAUACGAAACAUUAAGAAAUGUAAUAGAGUACGAACAUGUGCGCAACUCAAUUUAUUUUUAAGCGUAAAUGUAAAGAAUUUCAAAGUCACUUAGUGUAAUAACGAUUAAUAUUGUGACUAUUUCGAACAAUAACUCAGAGUGGAUAUUUUCACCCCUCCAGUAUUUUGUACAUAGCAUUGGCAAGUUAAAUUCAUAGCUAAAAAAUAAAGUGUUCUUUAUUCAAACAA